GGCCAUACUACUACACUAUCAUAUCAUUCAUAAUUACCAAACGUCAGAGGAGAUCAGAAUUACCAAAUAUCAACGGAGAUUUUCAAAACCCAAGGCGACUACGGCGAAACCUCCGAUCAUCAGCGACCCACCCACCGAGAUUUUUCUCAGUGAAAUCAAAAAGCUACUGGAAGAAUACGGAGGAAUUUUGAUCAAGGCCAGGCAACAGGCCAAAGUUGCCAGACAGAAAGGUCUCAUGCUGAGUCCCAUGCAGCUAAAUGAACUUGAAGUAUUGGAGGGAAGGAUCUCUGAGCGAAUUAGGAAGGUUGACUCCACUCCCCUCCAUUUGGAGGAAAGGAAGUAUUUCCAUGAAGAAUUGAAUGGGCUUCUGCAUGCUACAUGUAUAAUCGGCUUUCCCCGUAAAGUAAAGCUGCAUGGUGAGGUUGAUGACUCGAUAAUUCUUGAGGAGGUGGACGUGCCAAAAUCACCACACCGCGUCAUCACAUCCGAGGAGACUGAGGCUACGCUGGAGACAUUUGCAAUUGAACCUAACGAAGACCCUGGAAUUGAGCAAUAUCUGGAUGAGCAGUGGAAUAAGUUUGUAGUGGAGAAAUAUUAUGGGCUGCUGGAGGAUAUCCUUCUGCUGAUCAGGGAUACGGAGUUGGAGUAGGGAGUUAUAUUACGUCUGUUUGGAUGAAUGGAUUAUAACUAUUCUCCUGAGGUUAUUUCAGUGGUGACUUUUUCUGUUAUAUGUGGUUCUUCUUCGUAUACUGUUGUUCUUAGUUAACAUUCGAUUUUUUGAAACUUAAAAGAUAGCUGAAUCGCAUGUUUGCAUCUGUCCUUCAAUCAGCCUGAAUACUACUACUUUUUGUCAUCUGGAAACUUGGAAUAACAGUGUAAGGUUUUGAUGGUACAGCUAUGUGUUAGUUCAUAACUGUGAUUCUGAUACAACGAUAUUGCGUUAUGAGAUCGAAGAAGUGCUGAUUAUUGAGCAGGGAAGGUAAG